AUGGCCCCCCAAGUGACCAACGUCGGCUUCAUCGGCCUCUCCUCCCGACCCCCUCCAAAACAGCUCCAAAAGGCAGUCCGUCUCCACAACCUUCCCCAAGACACCAAAGCCUACGGCAACCUCGACGCCCUCGUCUCCGACUCCGACAUCGACCCCGUAGCCAUAACCAUAAAGGUCCACCUCCACGCCGCCGCCGUCGGAACCGCCAUCCGCGCCGGGAAAAGCGCCGUCUUCUGCGAGUGGCCCCUGGUGCGGAACAGCAUCGAGGCAGAGCACCUCGCGUCCCUGGCUAAAGACAAGGGAGUCAGGAUAUUGGUGGGCUUACAAGGGCGUUAG